GUUGAUCCAGUGUCUUAUGUUCAGCUCAUUCAGUUGACUUCUAGAGUGUUGUGGCUGGUCAACCUGUGCACAGCCCAGCAGUGGUUCGAUCGACCGACGGAACGAGACAACCUCCGUCUUCACACGCAUCAUCGAGCAGCAUGGAACAGACACCCCCACGGGCAAGAAACGUUGUCAUCUUCGGCGAAACAGGCUCAGGCAAGAGUUCUAUCAUCAACACUAUCACAAAAAACCAGCUUGCGAAGACGACCAAUGAUGCUGAUGGAUGCACUUCUAGCGUUCAACGCUAUCCAGUAGAUUUUUCAGGCCAGAGAUUCGUCCUUUUUGAUACUGCGGGUCUUGGGGAAGGGCCUGCAGGCACAGUGCCGGAUCUGGAGGUGAAAAGACAGUUGAAGAACUUACUGUGUCAGCUCAUAAGCUCUAGGUCGCCGUCAGAUGGUAUCGACCUUCUGGUGUACUGCGUGUCGUCCAGCAGAAUGCCUGGCCUUAACACCAUCGUUCAGACCUACGAUAUGUUUUACUCUAGGACCUGCAGGAAGAAGGUCCCAAUCGUCAUCGUCAUCACAGGAUUGGAGAACGAACCGAACAUGGAGAGCUGGUGGGAUGAAAACAGGGGUAGGUUUGAGAGAGAGAGCAUGCAUUUCACAGACCAUGCUUGUGUCACGGCACUUCAGGAAUACCCGGACAUCCCAGACGACGUCACUCAUCGCAUUGCAGAGUCUAGCGACACUCUACGCAAUCUCCUUGUCAACAAUUGCUCGCAUUCAAAUUAGUCUGUCAAUGACAGUUGGUCCAAUCAUGUUGCUGGAUUGCAGUGUUCGUUGUCGCCGUGGUCAAAGGAUUAAUGAAGUUACUGUAUUUCCUGUUUAUAUAUAGUCAGUGUUACUCCUUUCCAUUCAUUUUGGUUCGCCAUCUCCAUCCCAUUCAUCCAUCUUUAAAGAAAAUCUAAUUUAUUCAAGUUGUUAUGCCUCCUUGGAUACAUAAGCACCUC